UCUUAGAGCUAGCGCCACCAAAAUAUUAGAAUUUUCACACGUGACAUAAGAGAUAAAUAAAACAUAACCUAUAGUUUCUUUAGUAAGUUUUUUCAGUGUAUCUUUUAUAUUUUAUUGUUGAUAUUUACUAAUCAUUAUAGUGUGAAGAAUUGUAUUAAAAGUAAUUUGUAAAAAAGAUGAUAAAAUAAUUUCCACGUUAUAUCAAACACAAAAGUAACCUUAAAGAUACUUUAUUGGUAAUUCAAUUCGUACAAAAAAUGCCCGCUCCGUGUGAAGAUAUUGUUGGAGACAUAGAAGAUCUAAUAUCAUCGCAGGAUAUUACACCAAAAGAACGAUAUAGUACAAGGAAAAAUAUUACUGUUCGUUCUAAACGAAAACAAUUGACAGAAGAGCUACCACAACCUCCAAUACUUAACAGCAUUGUUCCCGGAACUCAAACUAUUUAUGUAAAAACAUGGGGAUGUACACACAAUAAUUCUGAUAGUGAAUACAUGGCAGGUCAAUUGGCUAGCUAUGGUUACAAAUUAACAGAAAAUAAGCAUGAAGCAGAUUUAUGGCUUUUAAAUUCAUGUACAGUAAAGAGUCCUGCGGAGGAUCAUUUCAGAAAUGAAAUAGAAGCUGGAAGAAAAGUGGGAAAACAUGUUGUUGUGGCUGGAUGUGUACCACAAGGUGCUCCAAAGUCGUCUUUCUUACAAGGUCUCAGCAUGAUCGGUGUACAACAGAUUGAUCGUGUUGUAGAAGUAGUUGAAGAAACUCUGAAAGGAAAUACAGUUCGAUUUCUGCAGCAGAAAAAAGAAGCUGGUAAAAAAAUAGGUGGUGCAUCUCUAAGUCUUCCUAAAGUCCGGAGAAACCCAUUAAUAGAAAUUAUAGCAAUAAAUACAGGAUGUUUGAAUCAGUGUACUUAUUGUAAAACAAAACAUGCAAGGGGUGAAUUAGGAAGUUACCCACCAGAAGAAAUUGUUGAAAGAGCAACACAAGCAUUCGACGAAGGUGUUUGCGAAUUGUGGUUGACGUCUGAAGAUACGGGGACUUAUGGCAGAGACAUUGGUACUAGUUUACCAGAACUGUUAUGGAAACUUGUAGAAGUGGUGCCAGAUGGUUGUAUGAUACGUGUUGGAAUGACUAAUCCACCAUAUAUUAUGGAACAUCUAGAAGAAAUGAGCAAAAUUCUAAGUCAUCCAAAAGUUUACAGUUUUCUUCACAUUCCUGUACAAUCUGGAAGCGAUCAGGUACUUUCGGAUAUGAAGCGAGAGUAUACGCGUGCUGAUUUUGAGUAUGUCGUUAACUUCUUACGCGAACGUGUCCCAGGAUUGACAAUAGCUACGGAUAUAAUCUGUGGAUUUCCAACAGAGACGGAAGAUGAUUUCAACGAAACAAUAACGCUUUGUGAAAAAUACAAAUUUCCAAGUUUGUUUAUCAAUCAAUUUUUUCCAAGGCCAGGUACACCAGCUGCUCGAAUGCCAAAUAUACCUACACAGCAAGUGAAGAAAAGAACAAAAAAGUUGUCAGAAUUUUUUCAAUCUUAUUCCCCAUAUGAUAACAGGGUAGGGGUUGUUCAAGAUGUUUUAGUUACAGAAAUAUCUCAUGAUAAAAGACACUAUGUUGGACAUAAUAAAUCUUAUGAGCAAGUUUUAGUACCCUUAAAAGAAGAAUAUUUGGGGAAAAUGAUUAAGGUGAAUAUUGUAGAAACGACAAAAUAUUCUAUGAAAGGAGAACCAAUAAAUGAAGGUAGUUCUCCAUCGUUGAAACCAUGUCUCCCAAAGGGAACUAUUUCCGGAAUACCGAUAGAAAUGAAACCAUCAAAGUAUAGAAUAGCAGCUGUUUUAGCAAUUUUUCUUGCGGUAAUUCUACGGCUCCUAUGGAAGUUUUUAAUUGUUUAA